UUAAAAGCUGUUUGAAAUGGUGUAUAUAUAAAGAACUCUUUAUGAAAGCUUGGACUAUUCCCAGUGUUGUAAGUUAAUUGUAUUCCAACAGGUGGUUGUCCAUAAAGUCGUAGUUUUAGGUUUAUGUUCUGUAACGUUUACCUCUAGUUAAGAGUACAUACUUCUUGCUUCUAGUUUUGACAUAUGAUACCCUGGUUUUUGCUUUCACGUAGCACACAUUCUAUUUUAAUUAAACAAGAAUAGUUAUAAAAGAUGAUAUAGAUGCACAAGUACUUAUUUAAUACAGUUUGACAGUUUUAUCUCAUAUGAGAUAUACAUCCACUAAUUUAUAAAUUUGGGAAAGUUUGAUUAAUGAUGGUCCAGAUUAUAUUUUUGUUCUUUAUUAUUAUUAUACUGUUCCUUUCUGCGGUCUGACUCAGGUGGUGUAUUUGGUAAAAAAUGGUUGCACUACUUUAAAAAUAGUAUUUCUUUGAUAAAUCGUGGGAGGCUCACAUGUCUUCAUGUGAUGCAUUCUUACUUACAGCACUUUUGACUUUUAUGACUUAUGUCAGCAAUGCAAUGUAUUAACCUUGACAUCAUCAUUUACUAGAGGGCACUUUAGAGACACUACUUAACUCCUGUGAAUCCCAGACUUGGGAGUUCAUGAUAGAAUUAUUGUUAAGUUAAUGAUUAAGAAUGUGGUCAGAUUUCAAACUCAUACAUCAAAGUCUAGCUCCUGCUAUACAUGUUGUUAAGGUUAAUGUCAUGGAGUCAAAGAACUGAGACAAGGAAUAAAAUGCCACUUAUUGUUAUAUGGGGGUUGCAUGAUGAAUAAAAUCAACAUUUUUUCCUUCAUACUGGAAGGUAAGAAAUUUUAUGCAUCAGAAAUAUUUAUGCAUCAGCGUAGAAAUACAAACUGAGUUUUAGACUAUGGAAGUGACUUGCCUGAAGUAAAUUUUAAAGAAAAUGUUGUGAGCAGUCCUAAAUACUUGAUUGUAUGGCAUGACUUUUUUGAAACAAGACAGCUAAAUUUUGGUUGGCAGUGGUAUUGAGAACAAUUUCAUAAGGGCCCAAAAAUUGUUUUAAUGACUUCAAAGGAACUCUGGCUGGGUUAGCGCUAACACUCAUCAAUUCAAUUGAGCCAAAUGCUAAAAGUGACUUAAGUUGGCUAACAAAAAAUGGUUGAUUUGACUUGUUUCAGUCAAAUUCAAAUCAUGUGGAGAAAAAAGUGAUGAAAAGGGGUGAUUUGGCAAAGAGAAAAAAAUUCCCAGUCUGGUGCAUAUCAGAUGCUAUAUAUUUUAGUAGAUCUGCAUAUCAGGUCAUCUGAAUGUUAGUUCUGUUUGAUGUAGCAUCGGGCAUUUUUGUUUUUCUGCUUUUAUUUGAUAUUUGUCAUUUAUAAUAUGAUACUGGUUGUAAUUCAUAUUUGACCAAUAUUGUUGAGCUUUUUAUCUAAAAGCAAUUUAAUGGAUUACUAAUAUCAGAGUUCUACAUAAACAUCAGUGUAGCUUUUUCCAUUCUGACUAGUUAUUGUUUUCAGAAAAGAAGCAAAAUGUGGCAAACAAAAAUUUGUAUGUAUCUCUGUUUUAUAAUUGCAAUGGUUAUUUAUUUAGUUAAUUUUCAAUCUUUUAAUAAUAAGCAAAUUUUAUUUAAGCCACCCAUUUAGCUAAACAUCUGAUGGUAGUGCCACUGUGAAAUUAAUAGUAUUAUGAUAAAAAUGCCUGAAAUUCUUUUUUAUUCAACUCUCAUAUUGCAAAAUUGAUUACCAUAAUUGUAAGGCCUUUUUGUUACAUAAUUACUUUGGUUAUUGAUUGAAGAUAUUACUUGAAGGUUCAAAACACUAGUGCUUUAAGUGUAACUGUGGCACUUUUUUGAAUCGGUGAAUUAAUUAUAAUUUGAACACAGCUUUGUUUAUGAACGAUUAGUUGGGUUGAUAUUAAAAAGACCGAAUAUGUGAAAUAUCAUGUGUAAAAAUAUUUAUUCUGUUUGUGUCUAAAACAUUGAACAAGCUAGAAAUAACCCACUGGAUGCCUGUAAGCUAGAAUUCAGUAAUGUGCAGGUCCCAUAAGGGAAACUAUAUGUACCUAAAGCUUAGAUAAGUAAGUAUUGUUUCAGUGAACAAGGACUCUUGUUGUGCUACCUUGCAACCACUGAGGGUCAGUUGAAGGACCGUAAGAGGAUGAAAUUUGAUUGUUAUCUUUGGAUGAUAGUGAAACAAUAUAGGAAAGUAUGAAUUAGAGGCAUAAUUCCUUUAUAAUUACCUCAGCAGAUAUUAUGAUAAGGGGGUUGAUAACUAUAGUUUACAUAAUAUUUGCACCUCCACAUAACCGGAUGAAAGUGAAAAUGACAUACAUAAAAUCUGUUUUCAGUUCUGUUUUUAGUAUCCAGUGAUAUUAUGGAAGGGGGUGCUAGUUGUUAAAAGGUACAGGGCUGUGCCAGUCUAUGAUGAUGCUGGUGCCAUUUGUGAUUGUAGAUUUGACUUUAGUGUCACCUUGUUUUUCAUCUGCCUAACAAUUGGAUACUUGUUAUUGGGUCACAUAGUCAAUCUGCCAAAGAAUGUGGAUGAAAAAACAUUAAAGAAGAAAAUGUGUUAUGGAAUGCCUUAAGUGAACACGUGUUUAUGAAAAAUUUUAAAGGCAGAUGUAGCUCUAGCCCUCUCCCUCAAUAUAUGGGAUGGAAACAGUAUGGUUAAUAACACUGCAUAUUGUUUUGUGUUCUUUUCCUCAUAUAUGAGGUUAUGAAAUGUAUAUUAAUGGUCUUCUAGUCACCUGUCUACUAUUGAUGGGCUAUGUUAAUAUAUUUGAUAAUAAGUAACUUGGUCGUGCUAAUUUACUGACAUACUUUAUAUGAAAAACAUUUCAGCUGGUUCAUAUAUUGACCAUAAGUCUGCAAUAAUAGUUUGUGUUGAUAUACAUUAUGUAUAUCAUGAUAUAGCCUUUAACUUAAUAUCAUGAAUAUAAUCAAUUAUUAGAUAAAAUUUAAAUCUUUUAACCAUACAUAUUCAUACAUAUUCUAAGUAAACAAAUUUUACUAGUAUUUCACAAUCAUCCAUGAGCAUGUGAUUAGUUAUUUCAAAAGGUUGGUGAGUAAUUUGGGUGGAGAGCUCCCCUAUUGUUAAACGUACAGAAAUCAGGUACAUGUAUUUCAGUGAGAAAAAGAUAUUGGAUUUCUCGUACACUUAUGUCUUAGACAUCUCUGGGUGUGGCCUAUCUUUAACAAAUAGUUAUUGAUAAUCAAGCAUGACUUGUUGAGUUACCAAGAGGGUCUUCAUGUUCUCAACAGUAGGGUUGAACAGUGAUACAAGUGAUGACAGAUGUUUAAGACCUUGGUAUAGAAGUGACUUGCCCUCUCAGUUCUCAGUGUGUCAUGCUAAGUUUUCUAGUGAUGAAUUAUGCCAGGUGUCAUGCAACGUGGUAAUGAUAUGUAUGGGUAUGGACAGCCACAGGAAAAUGGCUAUGACGCAUACAGAGGCAGAGAAGAUUCUUACAGAAUGAGAGAAAAUCCAUAUCCUCCCAGGGAAGAGCCCAUGUAUGCCCGCUCAUCAAAACAGAAUGGCGUGAAUCACGCAGAUUAUAACUACAGACCCAGGGAAAUGGAUUACCAGAAUGGAUAUAACACUGCACCUGAGAGGAUGUCUGAAAGAAUGCCUGCACGAGAUGACAGAGAUCCAUUUGGAAAUCCAGUUUAUGACAUGGAUCAUUUGGCCACAUUUACUGUGGGAUCCAGAGAAGGUUUAUUGUUCCCAGAGGAUGGGAUUCGCAAACUUCGCCAAAUGGAACAGAACUCUGGGAUCUGGACCAUGAGAUGUCGCAUGGUGAUAGAGAGGAAACAUUUAGUGGUCAUAGAUGGACAGACUGGAGAAGAAAUGGAGCGUUUCCCCCUCCCUUUGGUUAGUGAGCCAGCAGCAGUGUCCAGCAGUGACCGCAGAGACAUCUACAAUAACAUAGUCCUGUUCAUAGUUGUAGAGGACCCAAAGAAGAAGAACUCUAACCCAUCAGAAAUGCACAUAUUCCAGUGUGUCUCCAGGCCGGCACAAGAGGUUGUAGAUGAUAUAAAAGUGGCAAAGAUGGGUAAAGUCAGGCCAUCUUCAGGAGGACCACCUCCACGUAUCCCACCUCCUCCCAUUGAGCCUGCACCAGAACCUCCCAAUGGCAUGCAGGUUCGCAACCACAUCAGCAUGUUUGAAGAGCGUGGUCGCAGAGAACCAUACGGUGGUGGUUAUGGUGUACCCAGAGGGCCCAGAACCAAUGUCAUGAGACGAGAGGAUGAUAAUGACUCUGUUGUUAGUGAGAGGACGGAAAGAGAUGUGCAAUUACUGAAUCACUGCUUUGACGACAUAGAGAAGUUUGUAGCACGACUUCAGUUUGCUGCAGAGGCAUACAAAGAACUUUCCAGAAGACAGAAAAACAGAGGCAAAUCAAAGAAGAAAGUUAUGGGAGAGGGUAUGCUGACAAUGAGAGCACGCCCACCUCCACCACAGGACUUUAUAGACAUAUUUGCUAAAUUCAAAUUGUCCUUCAACUUGUUGGCCAAGUUGAAGGCACAUAUCCAUGAUCCCAAUGCUCCAGAACUUGUGCAUUUCCUGUUCACCCCUCUAAGUCUAGUGGUGGAGGCCAGCAAGGAUCCCCGCCAUGGAACUCCGGACCUCGCUAGCCAGGUUAUCUCUCCACUGCUCACAGUGCAUGCACGGGAACUCCUCCUUAACUGUCUGACAUCCAAGGAGAUAGACCUUUGGAUGUCCCUGGGAGAGCCGUGGAGUGUACACAGGGAUGCUUGGAAAGGCUAUGUACCUCCUUAUGUUCCAAGGUUCUAUGAUGGCUGGCAGCCAGGCGGCCCGGUACAGUUUGAUGAUGAUGCUAACUCUGCCAUCGCACAAGCUGUUUCCAAUCAUGCUGCACAGAUACGUAAUAAAGAACAAAUCACUCGAGCAGUGGGGCAAGCUGAGGAACAUGUGUUACCUGUCCAAUCCAAUGAGAGACCACAUUAUAGAGAGACUGUGUUCAGGGACCAACAGCAACAACAUCAAUACAGCCCCCAGGAAAAUGGUCGAGAUACUGACCCAUACUUUGACCGUGGUCCACCUUUACCUCCACAAGUGGGUCAGUCAGACCCCAGGUCUGCUGGCUUUCAAGCUUAUGUUGAAAAACACAUUGACAGAAAUAGGCAAGCCCAGCAUGAGGCCAUGGCUCGUAGACAAGAACCUCAGUUGCCCCCAGAGCCCAGAGUUCUCUCCUUUGAGGAAAAGCAGAAAAUAUUCUUGAGGGAACUACGCAGUAAAGGAGCAAAGGUUUAUGAGGUAAUGCAUGAACGCAGUGGAAGAAAUGCCAAGGAGCUGACUGUCUCAAAAGGAGAAAUUUUGGAGGUCUUAGAUGAUGGCAGAAACUGGUGGAAACUUAGGAAUAGUGAAGGAACUGUUGGGCAUGCCCCAUACACCAUUCUGAAGAAAUAUGAUGAUGACAGUGAUCCACGUGGACAUGACUCCUCAUUUGAUGAAAGGGAUCGUAGAGACUUUGGGCGCAGUAAUGGUGCCCGCCCUCCACCCCCACCUCCAGGCCCUCCACCACCACCUGUUAAUGGGAAUUGGAAGCAAGCCAACAGACAAGAAGAAACAAAGAAACCAAAACCAAAGGAAAAUGAGGAGAAAACAAUAAUUCAUAAGGCUGCAUCUAAAGAUGAUCUCCAUAAUGAACUGAAGAAUCAGUUAACAAAAGGGAAGAACCGCAAUUCCCGCCCUGUGUCACAUGGACGCCCUAUUUCAGCAGUGUACCUGACAAUGUACUCCACAACUGAAGAGGUUGGGGAAUGGUUGCAAUCCAAGAACUUUCCAGAAAGAGUUGUGUAUAAAUUAGAUGAAUAUGAUGGGGAAUCCUUAUUCAAGGCUAGCCAAGCUGAGCUGGAGAGGUUAAUAGGAAAGGAACAGGGGCAGAGACUUGCAAGCCAAGUACUGGUGCAGAAAAAUCUUUCUGGGUUCAAGGAUACCAAUAGUGGCAACAAUGAACUUGCAGCAAUUCUGCAGAAAAGAAAGCAGCGUGCAGACUCAUCAGAGAAUGGGAAGCGAGACUCUGGUCUUGGCAGCCCCCCUGAUUUCUCUCCUGCCACCCCACCACGCUCUGACUAUGACCAAUCAGACAGUCUGUCAGUGUCAUCAGAAGACCAGCCCACUGGCAACACAUUGAGGGACCAGCUCAGACGACAACGCAAAAAAAUCACUACUAACUCUCCCCAGGGUGGUAGGGAGCGGUUUUCAUACUACUAAUACGGUGAAGGAUGCAGGGUGCUUGAAGAGGUUGCUCCAUGUACACAUAUGGCAGGGUGCCUAUGAUACAUGUUACUCUUCAUAACAUGCAUUUGUGGGUGUUGUACUCUGAAUUCAAAAUAGAGAUCCACUCAUGAUGAAUACAAGAAGUAGACUAUAUGACUGGUGAUGGCUGCUGCAAAUUUUAACUGCUGAUGGGUCCACAGGAACAAAUAACUACACGACAAUGAAAUCUGCUUUCAAGAGAAGUUUUGUAAGCUACAGGUCCCUCAAACAUGUUGUACUACAGAGGGAAGGAGUUAGGAUAUGAAAAUACAUAAAUCAUUAACUAAAUUUAUUCCAUUAUGACAUUACUUCAAUGGACAUAUGAUGUGGUAAGGUGAGAUUUGAUAAUUUUGGCAUUAUUGUCACACACUUUGGGCAAACUAAUUGGGUUUUUGUCUUCCCAUGACACUUAAAAAUGUGUAAGUUCGUAUGAUUUGAUAGCAAAACAUUUUUUAUGACCAAAACAUGAUUACCAAUUAGAAUCUAUGAUGUUCUGUUGUAUAAUAUGAGGAGGAGAGUGAAAUUCUAGUCUUUACUUGUUGGCAUAUCCCAACAUGAGGUGCUGGGCAUCAUACUUUUUGUAUUUCUGUGUUUAUUUACUGCUAGUUAAUUUGUUUGCAUUUCUUGUGAUAAUUUAUUGGUUUUCCCCCCGAUGUAUUAAAUAAUUAAGAUAAUUUGACUGAAUAUUUUGUGUGGGGCUGAUGUGGCUCUGUUUAAUCAAGAAUUGGGCAUGGAAGAAUUUUGGAAGUAUUUUUUAUGAAACUUAGAGAUUGAGACAGACAUUUGAAAAAUGUAUCAAAUUCAAGAAUAAAAUCUGAAACCCUCUUCAAUCAAUAUCUUUCUCUUACAUUCAGUUUGUAAUCAAUCAGAUGCUUUUCAGUGAAUCAAUGAAAAAAGAUUCAAUUGAUUAGAUUAAUGUUUACUCAUAGUUUGAAACUGAUCAUAUUGCUAAAAGAUGUACUUAUUUUACAUGUACUCUUCAUUCCAUGCUAAAUGUUGCUUGUUUAAUAUUACUAAAUAUAUGCACAGACUACUGUAUAGAGUAUAAAAGCCAAUUGUUCUACUGAAAUGUAAUCUGAUAUGUCGGAUGUAUAAUUAAAAUAAUUUGUAUAUAUUUAUCAUACUGCAAUCAUUUAUUUGAUAUUAUCUGUGACAGCAAAAUUGCAUGUCAGUGAAUUUAUGUUAAAUUGUGGCCCUCUCUGCAAAUGCUUGGCAGAAGGCAUAUUGUGCAUUUCCUCAAUGUUUGUUUGAUUAGAGAACAAGAAUUGUGCACUGAAGAACCAACAGUGAGCAAUGUCUGCAUAUGUUUGUGUAUGUGCAUUAAUGUAUUACCAAAACACUUUUGCUUUGUUUAGAUGCUACUUAUGGAUAAAAUCAUAUUUGUUAUCUGUGAAAUUUACCUAGUUUCCGUUUGCUCUUUUACAAUAGAUCAUAAUUCAUACCAGGGCGAAAGACUUUCUAGAAAGAUAUGUGACCAAGAGUGAGAUUUGAGGGGAGGGUUAUCAACUCUUAAUAAUCUUACACUAUACAAAACAACAAUAAAACUGGAGAUUUUAUUGUAAUUUUGAGCUUUACACACUUAAGUACAGCCGAUUUGUCCUGAAGGGGAAAAUAAGAGAAGGUUUUGACCCUGAAUUGCUCUUUAAGCACAAAUCGACUGCAGUAGUUAGAUUGCCAUCUUUAUUCAUACAUAUAUGGGUUGUGUAUCAAGACAUAGCCUGCCAUGUCUAUGAAGUUUUGCUAAUUAUAUGCAUUGGCUAUAUUAGAAGUUAUAAAAAGGUACCAGUUUCACUAUUCUUUUUUAUAUAACAACAAAAUUAUACUGUGCCAAAAUUACUAAUACAGAAGCAGGGUUUUAUCCAAAAACUACAGGAUAAUUCAGCAUUUUUAAAUGGAGUUACAAUAUUUCAUCAAUAUUAUUUACAUUACAUAUCAGUACAAAAAUGUGUUUGCUAGUAUAGAAUGUUGCCUUCACAUAUUUGCCAUAUUUCAGUAAAAAUAUGUUUAAUUAAAUUUCUCUGAUCAUCUGGGAAUUUCAGUCUGAUGUAUCAAGACUCUCCCAAGUCGAACAAAAUGUAGCGUACAAACUAUGCAUUCCGUAUUUUGCUUUCAAAAAUGAAUAAAUAAAUUGUGUAAUAUUUUGUUAAAAAUAUUCUUCUUUGUCUCUAUUCACUGAAUGCAUGGCACAGUAAGAGAAUUAAAUUGGAGAACCCAUAAUUCUUGGUAAGAGUCAGUUAAAAAAAUGCAGUAGGCCUGGAAGAUGAAUGAAAAUUAAAUGCAUUUAACUGGUGCCAUCUAGUGCAUGAAAAUGAUCGGCCAAAUAGAUGUCCUUUUUAAUUUUACAGAUUCAUAAAAGUAAAUAAAUCAUACAUGAAAUCAAACACAAGUCGAAAUUCUUUCAUAUCAUUUAAGAAUUUCAUCAGCUGUGUUAUGUCAUAAGAAUUAAGCAAUUUUAUCUUCAAUCAACAGCUGAAUAUUUAAAUAAUUUGCCUGAAAUAUUUUGAUGUCUAACAGAGCAUCUUUAUCAGGGAAUGAAGCUAUCCAGGUAAAUAGCCUCUAUACAGGAGAUAUGCUUGAUGUCCUGUGUUCUGUGAUGACAUUCUCUGCAUAAAAAUGCAGGCCUUAUAAACGGAUUAGGCGUUAUCUAAUUCGAGCCUCAGAUUUGUGGGCACAAAUACCCAUAACUACCCAUGUGUGGCCUAUACAGCCAGAGGCCAGGCCAAAUUGUGUAAUAAAUGCUAAGCUAGUGGUGAGUAAUUCUAUGUUUGGGUUGUUCACUUGUGACUGGAUUAAUUGGUGCAUUAAUUGGUGCAUUUGUGCUCACAGCUCUAAGGCCCAAUUCACACCAGUUUUUGUUUAUGAGGCUUGUUAUGGCUAAAAAGUCAAUCCCAACUUGUGCAGAUACUCACACAUUUUUCAACUUGACAGACAUCAUGCAGUGCUAUUAGUCUUGUUUGAGGCCCUGUUCACAACCAAAGUUGAUUAGCAGAUCAUACAUGGCCAAACCACUUGAAUGCUUGCUGUGUAAUCCACGUGGGGAAUCGAUUUGGUGUUUUUUAGGGAUUAUGUUACAAGUUUUAAAGUAGGUAGGUAAUAUUUGAUCCACAGAUAAGUUGGUGCACGGAUCACCUGGUUCUGAAUGUGGCCAUAGGCUAUCUUGGAUGAGCCCCAUUCAAAUGGUUUCUUGUCUUUUCUGGUUCUCCAAGAACAUCCAAGCACAAUGGUUUGGGUAGUUUCACUAUUCUUAGUUCAGUUAUAACUAUUUUAUAAGCUUGGGAAUAAAAAGGUAAAUCUAUGAAAUGGCGAUGCAUGUUUUGAAAAAACAAAACAAACAAAAACAAAUGGGAACUUGUAUUGUAAGAUUUAUUGUUAAGAUGUUGAUCAAGCAGAUGUCACAUACAGAUGAUGGAAGACAAGUCCCUUAAAUAGCUGGAACAUUAAUGAAAAACUCAAAAGUAAAGCAAAAAAAAAAAAAAAAA